AUGUCUAAAGGUGAUUUUGUUAUUAAACCAGAAGAUACUGGUGCUUCUGUUGACACCUCAGAGUGGCCAUUAUUAUUGAAAAACUAUGAUAAGUUAUUAGUUAGAAGUGGUCAUUACACUCCAAUUCCAUGUGGUUCUUCUCCAUUGAAAAGAGAUUUGAAAUCCUAUAUUAGUUCUGGUGUUAUCAAUUUAGACAAACCAUCUAACCCAUCUUCCCAUGAAGUUGUUGCUUGGAUUAAGCGUAUCUUACGUUGUGAAAAGACCGGUCACUCUGGUACUUUGGAUCCAAAGGUUACCGGUUGUUUAAUUGUUUGUAUCGAUAGAGCCACAAGAUUAGUUAAAUCUCAACAGGGUGCAGGUAAGGAAUAUGUGUGUAUUGUUAGAUUGCAUGAUGCUCUAAAGGAUGAAAAGGAUUUAGGCCGUGCUAUUGAAACUUUAACUGGUGCCUUAUUUCAAAGACCUCCUUUGAUUUCUGCAGUUAAGCGUCAAUUGCGUGUUCGUACAAUUUAUGAUUCUAAAUUAAUUGAAUUCGAUAAUAAGAGAAACUUAGGUGUUUUCUGGGCUUCUUGUGAAGCCGGUACAUAUAUGCGUACAUUAUGUGUUCAUUUGGGUAUGUUAUUAGGUGUCGGUGGUCAUAUGCAAGAAUUACGUCGUGUCAGAUCUGGUGCUUUAAGUGAAAACGAUAAUAUGGUCACUUUACAUGAUGUUUUAGAUGCCCAAUGGGUCUAUGAUAACACUAGAGACGAAUCAUAUUUAAGAAAAAUUAUUUCUCCAUUAGAAACUCUUUUAGUUGGUUAUAAGAGAAUUGUUGUUAAGGACUCUGCUGUAAAUGCUGUCUGUUACGGUGCAAAAUUAAUGAUUCCAGGUCUUUUACGUUAUGAAGAAGGCAUUGAAUUGUACGAUGAAGUUGUUUUAAUUACUACUAAAGGUGAAGCUAUUGCUGUCGCUAUCGCACAGAUGUCCACUGUUGACUUAGCUACAUGUGAUCACGGUGUUGUUGCUACAGUAAAGAGAUGUAUUAUGGAAAGAGAUCUAUACCCAAGAAGAUGGGGUCUUGGUCCAAUUGCCCAAAAGAAAAAACAAUUGAAAGCAGAUGGUAAAUUAGAUAAGUUUGGUCGUGUUAAUGAAAAUACUCCAGAAGAUUGGAAGAAAUCCUAUGUUUCUUUGGAAAAACCGGUAGAAGGUGACUCUACUGCUUCUCCAUCUUCCUCCAAUGAAGUUCAAAAUGAAGCCAAGGAAUCUAAGCCUUUAAUUAAAGAAGUCGAAACUAAGGAUGAUAAAGAAAAGGAAGAAGACAAGAAGAAAGAAAAGAAGGAGAAGAAGGAGAAGAAGGAAAAGAAGGAAAAGAAAGAUAAGAAGGAAAAGAAGGAUAAAAAGAGAAAGGCUGAAGAUGAAGCUGAAGAUAAGAAGAAAAAGAAGUCUAAGAAAUAA